AUGAAGCUCCUUUACCCUAACUCACUCAAACUGGACGUGAGUGGCCUUGAAGGCUUCGGCGUCUCACUACAUUGUUACGAUGUCCAAAAGCCCGUUCCUGAAGACCUCAUCGACGCCGAAAUCCUCGUUACCUGGGUCAAUACUAACCUCCCUGAUGCUGCCAAGCGAAUGUGGAAUCUUCGCUGGGUUCAAUCACUUUGGGCCGGCCCUAACGGUGAGCUCUCGGCAGGCUUCGCACCGAAUGUUAUCAUCACGGCCGGCACCAAUUUGCAUGACGAGACUGUUGCUGAACACGCACUUGCACUUUUACUCAGCGCCGCGCGACGACUUCACGAGAUGCGUGACUACCAAUCUCAAGGAAAGUGGCCAGGACAUUUGGGUGGGCCACUUCCCGACCGACCCAAGGGCUCAUUUACUUCACUCAAAGGAGCCAACGUCCUCAUAUGGGGCAUGGGAAAUAUUGGCCGCAAGGUCGCGCCUCACUUGAUAGGCUUGGGGGCGAAUGUCCGAGGGGUCGGCCUCUACGAAGAAAUCAUAGACGGGAUUCAGGUUCAGACGAAUGCAGCAUUACCUGACUUGCUACCCAAAACUGAUGCGUUGAUAAUGAUCCUUCCCGGUUCCAAGGCAACCUUCAAUGCUCUUAAUGCUGAACGCCUAGCUCUGCUUCCGAGUCACGCCUGGGUGAUCAACGUGGGGAGAGGAGUCUGUGUGGACGAGGAUGCACUUGCCGAUGCACUCCAAAAAGGUCAAAAGGGUGGCAUCGGUGGUGCAGCCCUGGACGUCUUUCACGAAGAGCCGCUGCCUAGAUCUUCUCCACUGUGGAACGCGCCGAAUCUCAUUAUGUCCCCUCAUGCCGCUGGCGGCAGACCCCGAUACUCGGAGAUGCUCAUUGCAGACAAUCUGCGUCGUUUCCUGGCAGGACAACCUCUCCGGAACAACGUAUCAAGCGGGGGGAUGUACGCAUCAUCAACACCACAAGAGAAAACUCCCGUCAAGGCCUCAUUGUAG